AAUGAAAAGAGGAACAGUUCUCAGCCAAAGAAAGUUUGAUAAAAAGUGACAGACAGAGCUGGACACUUCCAGGCUUCAUGUGAGUCUAAGCCAUUUAAAGGGUUUGGGUAAUGAAAAGAGGAAUCCAAAGAUGGAAGGAGAUGGGCCCUGCUCCUCUUUAGACCAGCAGGUUUCCGGACGGUAUCUCCCUUUUCUUGAGGUUUCUGCUUUGCGGUUGUUAUCUGUCUACCUCGGCUUCACUUUGUGAUCCACCAAGAGAAAAAGACAGUGGAGAAGAAUAAAAUCCCCCAAUUCACCUCCAGCGUACAGGGCUGGUGACACCCUAAACGGUCACCUUCAGAGACUGAAUUUGUGCGUUCUCACGUCCAGUUGCCUCGGGACUUUGCCAGUAAUGUUCUUUGAGAUCUGGAAAAGAAAUGCCUAAAGGAUCCCUCCACCUCAGUUUUGAACCGCAACCACAAGAGGCAACCAACCAGAAACUGCCUCUGCUUGUGCCUGUGAACUGAUUACCACACCAAGCCACUGAACAGCACUGUGCUGAAAUGCUGAAAAGCUUGGUGAGUUCUCCGGUGGGUGUGGCUGUCGGCGUUUCCCUCCUAGUACUCUUGCUGGUCUGUGGAAUUGGAUGCGCUUGGCACUGGAAACGCCGGGAAAGCACGUCAUUUACCUUACCGAAGGUUAUGCAAAGGAGAAACAGCAAACAUAAAGACUUCACGAAAACCGUUGGCUUGAGUGCCUACGUGACUGGACCAAAAGGCACUAAAACCUCGGCGGAAAGCAAAGGCCACAAAUGUGCUGCCAAGAAAAACAAGGAGCAGGGCAAUUAUGAAAAUGUGGAAGUGUGCCCUCCCUGCACCGAAAGAGCAGCUGAGAAGGGCCUGUAUGAAAACACGCAGCCGUCUAAUCUCGAGGAGCACGUCUACGGCAAUCAAACAGACCCCCUCUAUUGUAACUUCCAGAAACCUAGCCCUCCUCCUCCUCAAGACGAAGACAUAUACAUCCUUCCAGAUUGCGACUAGCUUUGCAACAGACUUGUUGCUAGAGGAAAAACCGAUCACUAGUCCUCGGAGUGGGCUGAUAGCAUCAUGAUCAAAUUAUUCCGAUGAAAUCAGUGGUCUCUUUCAGAUCACCACCCUUGUAAAUCCUCACUAAGAGAGCCAUUAUAGACAAUUCUAGAAUGCCCCCCCCCCGCCCCCAGCAUGUGCCCUAGCUUCAAUUAAAUCUGUGCUGUAUUAUAUCCAUUUUUCUUUUGAAAUAUCUCCUGUAGCCGCUUUCCUUCGUUCCUUCUUCUACCAUCUUUUGAGGCUCAGCACUGUUGCAGUCUCCUAGCAGGUCAGCUUUCUCCUGUGCUGAGGGGCUAACCCAAGGCUUCUCAUAUGCCAGGUUGUGUUCAACUGCUGAGCCACAUGUCUAGCCUGGUCUUCCGAGUUACAUCCGAUCAAUAGCCUAUGACACAGCAGGUUGAUCUACAUCAUUACUUUGCCCCCACCCCAACCCCAAAAUAAUAAUCUUUAAGUUGCUUGCAAAUGAUGUAAAGGUCAAAACCCUAACUCCAGGAUUCAUGACUUUUUUCAGUCACUUUUGUCGGUUAUUUCCUCUCACACCUAACUUUGCAUCUCUCUGCUCUGCAGUGUGACUUGUCUGCCUCUCAGGCCUGCCUUGGGUCAUUUCUUCCAGAAUCCCCCGUUUCCAACCUACACUUCCCUUUUUAGACCUUACUGCCUCAUUGAUUCUUUGAGCAUUUAAAGUUAUGAAUGUUUGCUGUGGAUUUUACUACUCAUGUACUAUGAGGGUGUCUUCAGUUGCAGUUAAACAGAAAUGAAGUGGUGCCUAGUAAUACUUUUAGACCCCAAGACAUCGUCUGAGAAACUGAAAGUUUGGUUAAUUGAAGAGGACAUGCAUCUUGCCGGUUGUCAUAUAGUUCUGAGAAAAACUAAUAAAUUUACUAAUUCUAAAUCUA